AUGCUCCCAAAACAUUGUACCUCUUGGACAAGGAUAAGCCAGAGUAUCAAAUCAAGACUUGAGGAAUAUGAAACUGUUGACAAGUUGAUCUCCAAAGCAGCCUUGAGAAAGUUUAGUCAAUAUCUUUGGUACUUGUCAAAAGAAAUUGCCAUUCUUUCACUCUUUGAUGAUGAAGUUGAUGAAGAAACCAAGGAAAAUAUCGUACUAAACAUACAAAGAGAGAGUUUGUAUGAUUUUGGGAAGAGAUACAUUCCAUCGAAAGAAGAUGUGUCUGAUUAUUUGUAUGGAAAAUCAUUAAGUGAUUUUGUGUCUAUCAAGGGUGAAAAUUUAUUUUCUCGAUUAAAAAUUGAUGAGAAUUUCCAUCCAGAGACCCGUUUCUACAUGAGACGAAGAUGUUGCCUAUUAAGAAGAAAAAGAAAAGUUAUUUUCAUAAGGGCAGUUAUUGAUACAGCUGAAAGGUCUGUAAAAUUUAUGCAAGAUUUUCACUGCAAAUGAAGAAAAAAAAAACAAUUUUUGCUCUGUGUGCAUGAGCAUAGAAAUCUAUAUCCAGACUGUAAAAAAGAGCCC